GUGCCCCCCUCCGUAGCGCACCCUGCUUGGGCUUCGCCGUGACCCCCGUGACCCUUGGCCACCCGCCUGCCCUGCUCGGCCACCAUGCUGGUGCUCCUUGCCUUCAUCAUCAUCUUCCACAUCACCUCCGCAGCCCUGCUGUUUGUGGCCACCAUCGACAACGCCUGGUGGGUGGGAGAGGAUUUCUACGCCGACGUCUGGAGAGUGUGCACAAAUGGCACCAACUGUACGGAAAUCGGUGACCACUUUGAAGGCUACGCCACGCUGCAGGCGGUGCAGGCCACCAUGAUCCUGUCCACCACCCUCUGCUGCAUCGCCUUCUUCAUCUUCCUGCUCCAGCUCUUCCGCCUCAAGCAGGGAGCGAGGUUCGUGCUGACCUCCAUCAUCCAGCUGCUGUCGUGUCUGUGUGUGAUGAUCGCGGCUGCCAUCUACACAGACCGGCGCCAGGACCUUCACGACAACAACCCGCGUUACUACUCCCUGACGUCGGAGGGCAGGUACGGCUACGCCUUCAUCCUGGCCUGGGUGGCCUUCGCCUUCACCUUCAUCAGCGGCAUCAUGUACCUGAUUCUGAGGAAGCGCAAGUAGCCCCCGGCGCCCGCACCCUCCCUGCACCUCAGAGUCCACACUCAGAUAACCGUUUUGUAUAUAAUCGUUUUUUGUGGUUUUUCUAGCAAACAUAUUGUUUCCUUUAAAAGCCAAAAAAAGAAAAAAAAAAAGAGAGAGAGGGAGAGAGAGAGAAGCGUUCUUGCAUUCUUGGGAUGAGAGAGGAGACUGGCAUUCCGACUGGCAUUCAGAACUGCUGCCCACCCAAAAGCCCGAGCAAGACAAAGGCCCAUCCAGCCGCGGAGACCGGGAAAGGCGGCGGGUGCUUCUGAAGCGGGGCAGGGAGGAGGCAGCCUCCUCAGCUUCCUCCCAAAAGGGCCAGGCGGGGGGCGACCUUAGCGUUGAGCCCCGGGUGAGAACAGGCAUGGGGCUGGCGUUGGGUCUGUGGUGAGCGGCCCCCGGCCUCCUGGAGCAGGCGGGCCGCAGCCCAGAGCUGCUGACAGCGUCUCUGCUCGCGUCAGGGACAGGGGUCUGGAACCGGGUGUCAGAUUAAGGCAUUAAGGCAAAGAAUCGCUGCAGAAAGUUCCUUAGGGCAUCUUCCAAUGCAGACUGUGGACGCCCCAGCCCCGCAGAGCCAGCGUCCAGCAGACGGCCUGCCAGCUGCAUUCCUAGUGGGCUCCCACGAGAUGCCUAGAUGGCUGAGGGCUGGGGACCACCUCCCAGAGCCGAGUGGCAGAGCCGUCUUGGACAUGUCGGUGGCCUGGUCAUGUCAGAUGGCCCCACUGAGGCCAGACCUCAGCCCCCCCGCCCCUCUUGGUUCUCACCCUGGGCCACGGAGCUCCUCUCCCAGCCCUGACACCUCCGGAGGCUGUGCAGCCUCCUCCCCGGCCUCCCUUCCUGUCCUGCGUUCUGAGGCUGGCGAGCCUCCCUGACCCCUGUCCUCCAUUCAUGCGUUCGUCCACAUAAGUGAUGGCAUGCUUGCCACCGGCAGGCGCAGGGGACUCACGGGGUCGUCAUCUGGUGGAGAAGAAAGAGGAGAAUCCAGUUAGGAGAGCCGAGGCCGUGAUGGAGCUCGGUGCCCACCUGUCCCGACAGCUCCGGGCGGUCAGCUCCCUCUGAACAUAGCUCCACUUGACUCCGACACUGGGGCUCUGCCCAGUACCUGUCUGCGUGGUGGCCGGAGGACGCUUCCAUGGAGGGUCGGGGUCCCCAGCCAGCAAGGGGCGCAUCCCCCAGGGCCAUAGUCCCCAGGCUUCCAGGGCAGGGGGCCGGGAGUGAGCACUCCUGGUGAUUCCGAGCGCGUCCUGGGCUCGUCACGGAGCGCGUCCCAGGCAGGAGCCGACCUUGUACCUCAGCCUCCUUCUCCUCUUGUGUUUGCGAAUCCCCCGGGAGGGGACCCUGGGGUGGCGUAGGGGAUCGUGGGCUGUUAAAUACCUGGGCCUGACCGGGUGGUCUGCCAUCAGCCCAGCGGAGGUGGAGCCGGGGAGAGUCCCAUGCGAGUCCCUUCAGGGUCACCCAGGCCCCUUCAGUGCAGAGCAGCCUCUUCACUCAUUCGCGGGUUUCCAGUUGGACUAAGCACUUUCCGUGUUCCAGGCCCCGGGGGUGGGGGGCUCCCGUGUGGAGUUUGCCAUCUCUGAAGCAGGACCCACUCUCUGUGGAGGGGUCACUGUCAGCCCAGUGCCACGGGCCAGAGACAGGACGAUGGUCCCCUGCUGACCCCAUGGAAAAGGGUCACCAGGCUCACUGUGGGCAAGGACGCGAGCUGCACCCCUGGGGUCGCAGGAUGCUGCAGGAGGAGGCUGGGUCUGGGCGCCCUCCCCUAGGCUUCCUCCCCACGUGGCUUUUCUAGAACUUUCUGAUAUUCACAACAAACAAUCAGACUCCCUUAGAACCAGGGCUGUAGAAGGCCCAACCCCCAUGCAAGGCAUGAAUCCCCCGACAAAAUAGCUCUGGGGCCACAGAGUGCCUGUCACCCCUGAUCUGGAGCAGCCCGGGGUCUCCCGGUGGGCUGCGCUAGGUCCCUCCGUCUGUGACACGACUGUGGUGAGGCGUGUGGGAAGUCGGGAGGGUGCGGGCGGCUGCCCCUCGUCCUCCUGCAGGUAGACAGACCCACCUGGUGCUCCUCGUCCACCAAAUCAGCUGGACAUCCAAGAAGCAAUAUCAGGACCAAAUCCGCUAGGUGUUGGAAGGAAUGUAGUCUGCGCAUCUUAUGACGUUUUAUAAAGUACUGUAAUUCUUUCAUGGGGGGCACGUGAUGGGGACAGACUAACUUGUUUUGUUAUUUGCAUUAAAAUUAUUUUGGGUCUCUGUUCAAACGAGUUUGGAGCUUGCUUGGCGCGUCACCCUGCAGGACGUCUGAAUGCAGGAGCGUGGGGCUCCCUGCGCCCGCCCCCUGCCGCGGGUCGUGCCUGUGUGUGGCCAGGCUGACCCAAGGACGCUCCGCCGUACCCCACGGUGAAGACCCAAGGCGGCGGCCUCCUGCGUGGGGAGUGCAUCACUAAACUCGCUGAUAAUUUACAGGUGACUCACCAAAGAGCAACUCGGCCAUUCUGUCCAUGGGAAGGCGCCGGUGAUGGGGAGGUUCCAGGGGAAGGCUGAGAGGUUACUGAAGAAGCUUGCUUUGGGGACACAUGUGAAUUUAGGGCAGUUAGAGACUUUCUGCUUACUGUGCCUUUAAAAUAGUCCAUUUUCUAUGUUUUGUAUAAUCUGAAACUGUACGUGAAAAAUAAAAUUUAAAACGAAUUGCUCAGAGCAGCAGA